GCCGCUGGAGCUGAAGAGGAUGCUAGAGAAGUUAUGGGGGCGAGAGGAAGAAGUAUAAGAUGCCUGCUUGAGGAGGUAGAGAAGAGCAUCAACUCGACAGACUUAUACGCUUCUCUACGACCUUCUUACCAUUCUUCCCUCUUAUCUCUCACCUCCCUAAAGUUCGAUCGAAUCGUACUCUGCACCUAUAGCCAAGAUGCGUACUUCUACUGCUCUCUUCGCGCUCGCUGCUACAACCUCUACGGUCAUCGCUCGCCCGGGAGCUUGGCAAUACACCACCGAUCUCGAGAUCAUCGUCUCUCUCAGCAAUUCCGAUAAGGCUCUCGGAUCUCGCACCGGCUUCCUCCAAGGUCAGCGACAGGAGCAGCCCCCGGACAACUCCAAGGGCCCCUUCAAGACGGUCAACAUCAUCGUCGGCAAGAACGUCGAAAACAAGGACAUCCGCUGCAAGCUCAUCGCACCUGGUGGCCAGCCUAUCAAGGCGCGCCGCGGCGAGAACAACGUCGACCAGACCUUCGCCGACGCCGGCAAGGGCGAGUGGGCGUUCCUCGAAGACAGCGAGGUUGAGAGCAUUAUUUGCGAUCCGGCCUUCAAGAAGGGCGAUGGCAGCGGCAACGGAGGCGAUGCUGCAGGGAAGAUCGUCAGAGUCGUUCUAAGCGACCAGGCCACGGAGACGGGCGUUGCGUUCGAACUCGCAUCUGAUAAACGCGAUGAGGAGGCCAUCAAGCCCUCCACUGUCUUCUCGGCCAUCGAGAUCCAGGCACCAGCCGAUGUCAAGGCCACACUUCGCUGCCAGAUCGAGGACAAGUCGGGCAAUAUCAUUGUUGCUACGCGCGGACCCAACACUGACAAGACUUUCUCGGAUGCUGGGAAGGGCGCAUGGGAUUUCAAGAUCCCAAAGAGGGCCCAGGUCAGCAAGAUUAUAUGCGACCCGGCCUUCAAGGCGGAUCCUAUUACGAGCAACUAAUUCCUAGG